UCAGUCUAACUAAUGGUCUCUCGUCCCGAUUUAUUAAUUUCCCGGUGCCGGAUCUACUGAUUCAGAUCGAUAAUCUACAAUCUGCACAAACCUGCCAGACACGCUUCCCCCCGGUCAACUCUCAAUCACCAUCACCCUAUCACUCAAUACAUUCCGAUCACACCACCAAGAUGGUUGCCAAAGCUAUCCAGCUCGGUCUACGGAUCUGGGAGUUCCUCUGGACUCUGCUCGUCAUGGCCCUGAUCGGUAACAUGAUCGCUGAAGCAUUCGCCGGGAAUCCAGCGACCAUCAACUACACCAUGUUUGUUGCAGCUUUCUCGAUGUUCACACUCUUCUAUCUAUUCCCAGCGACAAUCAAUAUUGACUGGGCCAUCCACCCAAUCUUCUUGAUCGCUAUCGACACGCUCAAUGCGAUCCUGUUCCUUACAGCCGCCAUUGCUCUGGCUGCGAAGUUGGAAUGCCACAGCUGCAGCAACGAUACCUACACGCUCAACAACGAAAUCACCAACGGUGCCCAUAACCGCACGAAGCGUUGCCGCGAGGCUCAGGCCUCGACGGCAUUCCUGUGGUUCGCCUGGGCUGGCUACACGGCCUCGAUGAUUCUGUCGAUCAUCAUGUCCCGCCAGACAAGUGUCAACCUUCGUGGACGCACCGGUCCUGCUCGCGGUGUUACUCGCCCCAGCAUGGCUCAAGUUUAAACAGUGGUCCAUAUCCGCUUCUCCGCCUGGGCUGGGAUUACGUUUACCGAACUAAAUGUCGCUCCCAGGAAUGGAAUGAAACGAAUGACAAAGCGCGACUGGACCAAAUAUCACAUGAGAUGCAAUUGGACACAGCGCUAAUUUUUGACUGAUGAAACCAAUCUAACGAUUCUCAUCACGUUCACUA